AUGACCUUUGAAAUCACACACCCCACAUUGUUACUUAUUCCCUACGCAGUGCUCGUGGAGCAUACAGGCUCGCCAGUCACGCCCCAACUCCUCCAGAUCAUAAACAAGGGCUAUGACAAGCCGAGAUACAACUACGGUAUCAUUCUGACAGCCCGAGUCAAGAACGGUCUCGUACCAGACUUACAGCUCAAGCCAGGCUCAUUUCUAUCACUCCUUGUGUCACCGGACGUCGGUGCCAGAGCAGCCCUCCAGCAAUCCACUGGAAAGGCCGAUGUCGGCAGCUGGGACGUCCCUGGAAAGUUCACGUGCUCUGAUAUUCAAACCAGAGUGGUGCAGGCAGACGAUUGGCCGAAACUAGCACUGGCCUUGCCCAAUGUGGUGGGUACCAUCGGGUUAAAGCCGUACUCGGACCACGCGAUGGAAAUCACUGCACUCACCGCCUUCCAGGGUGCAGUAGGAAAAAUGCUCCUUUUACAUGCAGAAACGAUCGUUAAGGAUAAGGAAUUGGUCGAGCAACUAGCGGUCCAGACGGGUGUUUCACAAUUUGUCACCACGGUCAUCGCGGACCACGAUCUUGUGGCGUACUACGCCAAGUUCGGGUACAUGGUGGACAGGCAAGCCGUGAUUUCCCAGAGCGACGUUGAAACCAACUCCACUAGCUUGGAGGACGGUGUCUGUGCCACGGCUGACUUUACCUUGGUAUAUAUGCACAAGGAUAUUUAG